AUGAGUGAAGAAUUUCCUACGCCGCAACUCCUGGAUGAGUUGGAAGAUUCUCAGAAAGUUACCAAUGUGAACGGGAAGAAAGAGUUAAGUCCUAAUCGUGUAUUGAAGGAUAUUUUUGCUGGUACUGUCGGUGGUAUUGCGCAGGUUCUUGUAGGGCAGCCAUUUGAUACAACAAAAGUUAGACUUCAGACGGCUACUACAAGGACAACAACGUUGGAUGUAUUGCGUAACCUAGUAAAAAACGAAGGGGUAUUUGCAUUUUAUAAGGGUGCAUUAACACCAUUAUUGGGAGUAGGUAUCUGUGUCUCUGUACAAUUUGGUGUGAACGAGGCCAUGAAAAGGUUUUUUCAAAAUUAUAAUGCUUCCAAGAAUCCGCACAUAAGCCCACAAAAUGUUGAUCUUUCACGUUCAAAUACCUUGCCACUGUCUCAGUACUACGUUUGUGGGUUGACGGGUGGAGUAGUGAAUUCGUUCUUGGCAUCGCCCAUUGAACAAAUAAGAAUUCGUUUACAAACACAAACGUCGAAUGGUGGAGACAGAGAAUUCAAAGGACCAUGGGACUGUAUUAAGAAGUUGAAGGCUCAGGGAGGCCUGAUGAGAGGUUUAUUUCCCACAAUGAUAAGAGCAGGACAUGGUCUUGGUACAUAUUUUCUUGUGUACGAAGCAUUAGUGGCCAAAGAAAUCGGUACGGGUUUAACAAGAAACGAAAUUCCACCUUGGAAAUUAUGCCUGUUCGGUGCAUUUUCCGGAACAAUGCUAUGGUUGACGGUCUACCCAUUAGAUGUCGUGAAAUCCAUUAUACAAAACGAUGACUUACGAACACCUAAAUAUAAGAAUUCUAUUUCUUAUGUAGCAAAGACAAUUUAUGCCAAGGAAGGUAUCAGAGCUUUUUUCAAAGGGUUUGGUCCAACAAUGGUUAGGUCCGCGCCCGUUAAUGGUGCCACGUUCCUGACGUUUGAAUUAGUCAUGAGAUUUCUGGGGGAAGAGUAG